UUGACAGGCCACAAAAAACCACAUUUUCUCAGUCUAAACAAGCCCUACCAGCUCCCCGGGCCCAAUCUUCGCCACAAAUCGCGCUUCGCCCGUGUCCCAGCGCCCCCGACUUGGCCCUGGCCGCCCCCGCCGCCUCCGGUCCAUGCCCCCGUCUAGGGACUUUUGUCGCUUGACCGUUUUUGAUGACAGCUGGAAGUGCAGUGGCGAAAAGUUGGCCAGUUUUUGUCAUCCCGUUCGCCUCCGUUUCGAUCGCGAUAUUCCCGGAUGGUGAUCGCGCCCCCUUAGGGAAUCCGCCCCGCUGUAUAUGCGACGCGCGCGUGUGAGCGCGGUGUAGUGGAAGCCCGUUUGUGCCGUGCCGGCGUCAGCAUGUCGGACGAGAGCCAUCCAAAGACUUUGUAUGUAGGCAACCUGGACUCCUCUGUCUCGGAGGACCUUUUGUGCACGCUGUUCUCCCAGAUCGGGCCCGUCAAGGGCUGCAAGAUCAUCAGGGAGCCCGGCAACGACCCGUACGCCUUCGUGGAGUUCACCAACCACCAGUCCGCUUCGACGGCGCUGGCGGCGAUGAACAAGCGGCUCUUCCUCGACAAGGAGAUGAAGGUGAACUGGGCCACCAGCCCGGGCAACCAGCCGAAGCAGGACACCUCCAACCACCACCACAUCUUCGUGGGCGACCUGUCGCCGGAAAUAGAGACUGAAACCCUCCGAGAGGCCUUCGCUCCCUUCGGGGAGAUCUCCAACUGCCGCAUCGUGCGGGACCCGCAGACGCUCAAGUCGAAGGGCUACGCUUUCGUGUCGUUCGUCAAGAAGGCGGAGGCCGAGAACGCCAUCCAGGCGAUGAACGGCCAGUGGCUCGGCUCCAGGUCCAUCCGGACCAACUGGUCGACGAGGAAGCCGCCCCCGCCCAAAACGGAGAGGCCCUCGCAGAGGGCGAAGCAGCCAACUUUUGACGAGGUGUACAACCAAAGUUCCCCGACCAACUGCACGGUGUACUGCGGCGGCUUCACCAACGGCCUGACCGAGGAGCUCAUGCAGAAGACGUUCUCCCAGUUCGGCGUGAUCCAAGACAUCCGAGUGUUCAAAGACAAAGGUUACGCCUUCAUAAAGUUCGCGACCAAAGAAUCGGCGACGCACGCUAUCGAGACGGUCCACAACACCGAGAUCAACGGCCAGAUGGUGAAGUGCUUCUGGGGCAAAGAGAACGGCGGCAUGGGGGCGGACCCGGCCGCCGCCAUGACGGCGGGCGCGGCGGUGGCGCCCGGCGCUCAGGCGCAGCCCUAUUCGUACGGCUACGGCGGUUACUGGUACCAGGGCUACGGGGGCUACAUGCAAGGCUAUCCGUACCAGCAGUACCAGUAUCAGCAGCAGUACUGCAUGAUGCCCCAGCAGGGACAGUGGACCGCGCAGCCCGGACAACAACCGAACGUGCCGGUUAUGUACAGCACUGUGCAGAAGUACCCUUCUCAGUGAAACGAAUACAUAGUGUAAAGUGACUCUGACUCUGUCGAGACUAUCGAAAUUACAUAAGGAUAUGUAGUUUGCCGUCAUCAACGCACUUUGGCUUCAAACUUGGGUGUGCGCGCCAUAGAGUUAUUUUUCAUACAUAUUUUUGUAUACUUGCGUUAUAGAUCUUCUUUUGUACAUAGUCGAGGGCCGGUUAAGUUCAAAGUGCGGUUGGCGCUAAACGAUACGCGUGAUACAGUUUAGUUGUGUUUUUUUUCGGAGUGAGUGUCAGGCGAGAGGGUGGGUGCGGUGUGGUGCGGUGCGAACGACGGACGAGAUGGCGAUCGUGACAAUUCAAAGUUACUGUAGACGAUAUGUAUAAUUAGGUUAGACAAACACUUGUAAUCAUUAAUAUAUCACGUUUAUCUGAGAACAUCAAGUUAUGAGGAUGCGCAUGGUUGUCUUUCCAACUGAAUAAGACAGAUUUUAUAACAAAAACAAAUAAUAAUAAUGUAUAUGCUAGUUGUUAAUAAAAACUUCAGGUCUGGGAAA